CAGGACAAUAUCAAAGACAAAAGCGACUCGCCAGCCGAGCAGUGUGUGGUCAGGUUGAGCAUGCACGGGCAGCAGUCGAUCUCGAACCAGUCACAACACGCUCUGCUCGAGCUCCUAGCGAGCACGUGAGGCUUGUCGAAAGGUCAAAGCACAUUCGCGGCAUCUGGAUCCCGUCAGUGCGCCGACAUGGCUGCGGCACUCGCUCCUGCGCCUGUCGAACCCUUGCCCGACAAUGCUGAGAGAUUGUCCGAGGACAAGAGCCUGCCACCGACGCCGGCACGGAGAGAACCAAUCGAUAGGCGCGCGGUAAGCUCCUCGCCGAGCAUUGACCGACGGCGUGCCGUCUCGCCCGCAUUGAAUACCAAUAUUUCAGCAAGCAAGACAGGCUUCAAAGCCAGGUUGCUCGGACGCUUCUCGCCAACGGUUGCGGGCCAACACCACCUGGUUUCAGCGGAGCGACCGUCGUCGCGUGCGCUCGCGACGAGUCCUCAUUCGGCAGCCAAAGCAGACACAGCCUCGUCGGCUCAGGACGACCAAGAGACGAUCCAGUCAGAUCGGUCAACGCUCAAGGCGAAGAAGUCGAUGACCUUCUUCGGUCUGGGACAGCCCAAGGGGAGCAAGUCGCGCGCGCAACAAAGGGCGAAAUCCCAGCAGCUCGAGCAACGCCCCGCUUCUGCUGCUGCUACGCGCAAAACAGACACGACAAAGGCGCUGUCCUCUCAGCGAGAUGGAAAUGGCGUCAGCAAAAAUGACGAAGAGACGCAGGGUGGGAUGCGCAGGCUUGUGCGGUCUGCCUCGUCGCAAGCCAGAAGACGGUCUACGAGCUUUACUGGCCUCGGUCUAGGCACACAUCCGCUCUCGUCGCAAGCAAACGACAGGAGCACGCGGGAUAGAUCCCAAUCGGCUAGCUCAACACGCUUGCUGCACACUCAUCGCACGCCAUCGCCGGGUCGUAAGACUUCUGCCCGUUAUGCGAGCACAUCAACUGCUCCUUCUGAUCCAGGCGAGCUCAUCUAUGGCUAUUGGGGCAUAGAGACGGCGCGCGACAUGUCCAUAGAGCGCGUCCACUCCAUUGUUGCGCAAUGCGCCAGCGAGAUACGCUCGAGAGGACUCGACUCUCCGCUGCUAUUUUCGACGACGGCGAUAGACAUCACGACUGAAGGCGUGCACGCUCUCAUCACGGCUUGCCAUCAGCAGAUGUCGGCGUUUCGGGCAGAAGCCGAAUUUGCAGGACCACACGAUCUAGCGGCCAUGGUCAAGUACAGCCUAGCGCGCAUUACUAACCAGGUCGGCGGCCACGGUUGCCUCACUUAUGAUCUUUACGAGAUAUUCAGAAAAGCCGAAGCUUCUACUGAAUACAGAAAAGGCUGUCUCGCUUCGGUCUUGCUACAAGCGCUACCUGCUCCGAGCGCGGAGCUGAUCAGAACGCUCCUUGAACUGUUCGCGUCUGUCAUCGCCUACACCACAAGAAACGGCGCUACGCCACGCAAACUUGCAGCACUCUUCUCUGCCUAUCUCUUUAGCCUUCCGGACACAGAGAACUUCGAAGUGACCUAUUCAACUUGGGCGCGCAUCUCUUGCGCAACCGAGCACAUCAUACUGGCUUUUAUACGCGAUCAGCGAGCGCGGCCGGCUCGCUUGAACGAUUUUGUAUCGGAUUACCCGACUUCUCUCACGCUUUUGCCGUCAGUUUGGCUCGAGCGUGGUCGAGUCAUUCAGGCCAGACGGUGCUCGCGCACGGUCAGAUUUUCGUCUCAAGAUCUCAUCAAGUCGGCCGGCACCUGGGAACUAACCCAUGCCGAAUGGUCACAGCUAGCACAUGCACCAACACCGUCAUCAAGUGGCGCGAACGUGCCUGCAUACACAUCCUCAUACAGGCACCUGCUCAAUAUACGCAAUGACGAUGACGAAGACGAGGAGGCCGACCUGCGAUAUAAGAGCGCGAAUGACAAGGCUUGGUCCGCCUUCAAAGACGUCGGCUUCUCGGCCUCUUUGCAGGAUCAGCUCAAAUUCGAUCUGACGGAGAGCGAACGAGCCGAACGUAAGAACAGACACCAGACUCUAGAUUGGUCGACGUUCUCGUCAAGCGGCUUCUCUGAUCGGGAAUCUUACCUGCCUGGCGAUCUCGACUUUGAUACGAAAGUCUCGCAAUCUGUCGAUCAUUGGCCGCAAGAACGCCGUGAUCUGACAGCGCGAAUGAGAAAGACAGAAGCCGGUCUGCCAUCUUUUCCAUACGAUAUCACGCCUCGCGAGCAGGGCGUUGUGAACGUUGACGAAUUGUUCGUAGAGGCUUGGGCGGACGUGCUCAUCUCAUCUGGCUGGACCAGAGACGAGCUCAAGCCGACUUCAUGGGCUCUCUUGCAAUACAAAACGAGGCGUCAUUCGGCUAAUCUGGAAUCAUCUUUGCUAGGCAAUGAAGCAUCUGGCAAUGCUUGGUACCUCAUGAUCGAGACGGUGCCUCAAGAGUACCUGCUCGAUCUCGCAGAGGGCAAGGCUUCAAAGAAGAGCAAGCGUGUCUCGUUCUUCCGUCCGGUCAGACGGAAGAAGUCGAAUCGCAACCUCAGGACGAUCAACGAGAUCAAUGGCCGUUCGCACGAUAGCCUACGCACCAAACAAUUCGAUGCUUUUCUUGGCUCAGAGAACACAAAGCAAGUCAGUCUAGAUCGUAAACCGACAGCGACGUUGGGACACCAACCGUCACUUGACAGUCUAAACGAGAACGGCAGGCAGAAUCGCAAUUUCUCGGGCAUUCGUGGCCUGAUGCGCCGAAGCUCAAGCAGACCAGAUAAGCGGCUGCCCACAGCCAUACCAUAUAAUAUGCCCGCAGAAGAUGUCGCUCCCGUGGCGCUGGCUGAUAUUUCGAUCAUGCAACAAUCACCGUCAUUUGUUUCGCCUGGCCCAGCACAUUCAGAUGCAGAAAAGCCUGCUUCACCCGGAUUGGCAGCGCCGAUGAAUCCGACAUCUUCCGCACGGACUCCACGACCCAUGCCUGCAGUCGCUGAUCUCUAUGGCGGCAUUGAAGAUGAAGAAGCCAGUCUCGUCGACACCAGCAGGGCGACACUCUCUCACGAGGGCAACGACUACAGUCUUGGCGGCUCUGACGAGCCAGCCCAACAUCUGCCGAUACCUACUCCAUCUCCUGGGACGCUAGCAAAAGAAGAAUCGCCUGUGCUGGGCAGGCAUACGCCAGUGCUUGUGGCUCCUGACGUGCCGCACGAUGCAAAUCGUAUCAGUACGGCUACGCCAGAAAGUGGCACGGGCACCGUCGAAAGCAGCCCCGGCAGAUCUCGCAUAUCCGCACUCAUCGGUCUGUACGGAGGGAAUGAUACAGCGGCACCCCACCGAUCCCACGCACCCGCGCCCGUGCGAUUGAGCGAAUAUGGCUUCAACGCGUCAAGCAGCCCGGUACUUGGACAGCGUUAAGUCACGAUGUCUAUCCUUGUUGUCAUGUCAUAGCAUUUGUCUAACAGCAACGCGGACGUGACCGCUCAUCCGUCGCUCGUCUGGCUUACCGUCGUAUGAACCUCGAUCUGGUCAGAUGUGAAUGCAUCCGGCUGUGUGUACUUGGGCUUCGACGAGUUGGCGCUCCCUGCUCCGGAUGUAUGUAUGCCUGUCCAGACAGAUGCUGAGCUUGUCGUCGGAUCCUCAUGGGCGCUCAAGGCCUCGUGUAAUGUCAUGACCUUGUUGUUCCGCCGCCAGAUAUAUCGGCAGAUUUGCACG